AUGGAAAGUAAUUUUUCGUUUGAUUUUAAUAAUUUAUUAAAUAAAAUUCAAGCUAAACCAGCUCGUAUAUUCGGACAUAUGAUAAUAACAAUGGUUCUAACCACUAUCCCAGAAUACACUUUUUUCUUUUCAAACUAUUCGAAAUAUGAUAUCACUGGCUGUAAAUUAUCCAAUGACACCUCAUCUGAUUAUUCAUUGAAUAAUUGCUUUGGGGGAGAUGCUAAAGAUUUAACUUUAACAAACUGCUUAAAUGAAAGAUAUAAUACCAACUCCAACUAUUCACUCGAAUUUAAUGUCCCUUUAUCAGGUUCCAAUAAGGAUCGUUUUAGCUCUACCAUUUUGGCAUUUUCAAUACUUAUCUAUUUUGGUAUUAUGGGUUUAUUACAAGUAGCUCUAUACUUUCAAUAUCAAAAAAGAAAAAGAAUUCAAGAUAUUUUGGCAGGAUCAUUAGUUUUCGUUGAAGGCAACAUCAAGUAUGAAAAAAGAUUUGGUUUAUAUUUUAUAUGUAUGACUGGAGUCUACUUGGCAAUGAAAAUAUCAUGGAUCGUAUACAGAUCUUCAAUAUACAGCUCAAUUGAUUGUAAUGGUGUCAAAUUUGAUUUUAAAUUACAUCAAGGAAUUUCAACAUCUAUUGGUAUAAUCUUUCAAACUAUUAUAUCUUGUUUAAUUUUACCUGGUAUUUAUGUUUUUACAAGCACAAAUUAUCUCGGUGAUAUCGAUAUGAAGAAAAUUGUUCAUAAUCUUUCAUAUGACUCUUUAAAACAAUUUAAAGUAUUAACAGUUUUAGAUGUCGAUAGAUAUAGACAAGUUACAAAAAUGACAUUUGCAACAAGAUAUCCAAAAGAUACAACUCUUCAAAAAAUUCUUCGUUACAAUACUUUUUCUUUUUGGAAAAGUAGUACUAGUGAAAUCAUUGAAAUUAUUUUAACACACAAACAAAACUACCCUGAAGACUUUAAAACAAUGCUUUUAAAAGAAAUAAAUAUAUCGAUAAAUGAUAACAAUAAUAUAAAUAAUAAUAAUAAUAAUAAUAAUAAUAAUAAUAAUAAUAAUAAUAAUAACAAUAAUAUAAAUAAUAAUAACAAUAACAAUAUGAAUAAUGAUAAUAGUUUAAGAAAUAGCAGCCAUAGUAGCUUAACCAGUAGUAAUAAUAGCCUUAGAAAUAGUGGAAUAAUCCUUCAUUCUUUAAAUAAGAGCUCUAAUGAUAUGGAUGAAAAACUGGUAGAUACAAAUUAA